AGCACGUCCCUUGAGUGCACGACUGAACUUCCGUGGCAGAUGCCGGCAAGUAGAUUUACAUUGAUGUACUAGUUUACUGCCUAUUGAAUAUUGCCGCAGCUGGGGGUACAUGUGGCGGUGAGUUUUUCCAUUAUCGUUAUCAGGGUCUAAUAUCAGACGAACAGUCUUGGGUCAUGUUCGCAGUUCAGUGCUUUUACGCACACCGAGUGUGGAUAAUCACUGCGAAAAAUCGCGUUAUCACAGGGAUAAUUAGCACGCUCGCAACUACAUCAUUUGCUUGUGGCAUGAUCUUAAGUGGUUUGGUAUUACACACGAGAAACCCUGAAAUUCUAUUCGGCACAAAGUGGUCACAACUCGCAACGAUCGCAAGCGCAGCGUGCGAUUUUGUCAUUACAGGGACGAUUUGGUGGUUUUUGCGACCGGAACGAACAGACAAUGUUCGGUCAAAGUCAAGCAAUUAUAUCAAAUCAAUCACACGCACUUUUAUUCAUAUGGGUCUAUUUUCUUGCCUGGUGUCGAUUUCGAUGGUCGUGCUCUAUCAGCUCCAGGAUGGCCAUUUCUAUAUCGCUGCGCCGGGAGCGGUGAUAGGAAAAUCCUAUAUGAACUCGAUGAUGGCGGUGCUCAAUGCUAGGAAGUCCAUUCGCGAACGAGAACAACUUGCCCGCAACGCUAUGGUGGUAGAACUUCCUACACUACAUACAAUUCGUUAAUCUUUCGCUCGUGCUGGUAGACAUCGGGUAUGAUGUUUCUUACUUAUGUUCUUCAUAAUCAUUAUUGCCGAUACAUACAAUCUACUACAGUCCAAUUCCGCAGUAGCUAAGGGGCGAUUUCCUCCAAGCAAACGCACCUCUGUAUGCUGGUCUGUGACAGUACUAGUGCUGACAGCGAGUGCGCUCCGCGAGUCGUAAACACCGUACCCAGGUAGUUUAACAACUCUUGGGGCACACGAUUCUUAAGGCCUCAUCGCAUGCUUCAGAAACGUACAAUGAUUGACAG